UCUGGUGCACGGUCUUCAACAGCUCGUAGAGCAAAACUAAUAGAUUUGGAUCAACUGAAGGAAAAAACUCUUCAGGAAAUCAAGGAGCUCUUGGACAUAAAAAAUCCAGGCUCAUUUGACAUCCAACAGCUCAUGAAGAAUCUCCGUGAGGCAUAUUUAGAGAUUGCCAAGGAUGCACUAAACAAUCUCCUGGGAAAGCUGUUUCCUGGACAGUUCUCCAGCUUUGAUGUGUGCAUGAAUGGAGUGAAGAUAUUUGGCCCAAAUGACAUAAAAUUCUUCAGUUUCACCUUCAAUUUCUUCCUUGGACCAGUUCCAAUGCAGUUUGGGUUCUCUGCAGGAGGUAGUUGGAAGGUGGAAUGUGGUUUCAAACUUUGUUUCCUUACUAUGAAGGCCGAGGGAACAGCCACACCCCAGAUUGGUGCAAUGGUGUCCGGAGAGCUUAAUGUCAACCUCUUCCUCUUCAAAGCUGGUUUGAAGUUAACCGGUUAUCUACUGACAACCAAGUUUCCUACCAAGGCAGAGGUUGGCUUCAGCAAGUUUCCCUUGGACGUUGGAAUUCGGAUGGACCUAGAACUUAUACCUCUUCGACUUGAGCUGCGGGCUAUCCUCAAAUUGACUGUAAAGCUCUUGUUUAUAAAAAUUGAGAAGACGCUGAUCAAUAAAUUACUGUGGCACUAUACAACACCUUCCAUCACAGCAAAUAUUUUUGACAUUCACAACAAGGAGCCGGACAAUUCACCUCCUACGUUUAAUAGUUUUGCCACAACGUCAGGAAGUGGUUCUGGAAAACGUUCUUCAGCAACAAGUCAGUGCACCGUCUACCAGCUUAGAAAUCGUGACUACACCGAGCCGGCAUUCCAACUGGCCAUUUCGGUAGAAGAUGACAGAAGUGAGGUGGAAGUAUCGUACAGCGUCGGCUCAUUUCAAGGAGGAAGUGACUUGGCUAAAGAUGAAGUACUGGGAGGCCCUUCGGCUGUUGUUGAGCAGGUUUUGCCAGGUCGUAUUCCACUGUACUUCACUGUCAAAGGUACCAAUUCAGCAGGAGGAACAGCCAGUGUGACCUGCCAGCUCUCCUCCUAUGACACAACCCCUCCUGCAGGCAGGGUGAUUCCUGACUUCUUCACCACCAGCCAUCCCAAUGUGUUAAAGGCAUCUGCUAUGGCAGUGGAUGAAACACCUCUGGUUGAGAGAAAGGAGGCCAUUGGUUUUGGCCGUGGCAUCUAUGGUGACCAGGCCUUUCCUUGGUCUGACAUCUCAUCCAGACCACUCAGAUCUUCGACAAAGAGUGUAGAGACAAGUCUUCUGCAAUUCACAUCUCCUCGGCUUGGCAAGUUGAUGUCAAAACCUCACCAAGUCAAACUAGGGCAUGCGACUCCUGGAAAAUGUGCUUCAGCCUGUUUAGCACUUCCUCCACUGAAAUGCAUCAGCUUCAACUAUGACUAUGGUACAAGUGGACAGUGUGAGCUAUUGGAAGAAGUUGAGGGCCAUGGAGUAAAGAUACACAUUGCUGGGCACUUCCACUAUUUUGAACGACUGGGGAUUGGCCAUGCAGUGACUUUCAACCACAGAGAUCUUCAUCUGCAACAUGGCCAACUGUACUACUUCAACUACUACCUAAAGAACCAGCUUGGUUACACCAACAUCCUGACCUCUCAACCGGUGAAGGUAGACUUUACCCCAGUCAGCCCCGGACCCAUACAGAAUGCACAUUAUGAUGAAACUGUCAAGGAGCCGUGUCAUGAACUUCUUCCUGACAAGUGGGAGAACAGAUGUGUGGAUGAAUCGAACCUGCCAAACCACAGGUACAUCAUUGAUGGAGAGGGGUCCGCUACUGUUUUCAAUGGCCACACUCCAUUUGUAGAUGUCUUGUACACACGUGCCAACAAGUAUGUGUCAGCGAACUGGGAUGGCUUCCAUGAUUAUGAAACAGGGAUCUAUGGCUACACCUGGUCUGUGGGAACGGAGAAGUGUUUGGAGAACAUCCAUCCUCACAAGGACCCCCAUGCUCACCUGUUUGAUGAGUCAGAAUGGACUCAUACUGGACUUGCUCACCCUCUGGACCUGGAAGAUGGCCUUUACUACGUUUCUGUCCGUGCCAUAAACAAAGUUGAGUAUGGCGGACCUCUGGCUACAACCGUUUGCCACUCAACUCCAUAUGCCAUUGACAACACGGAGCCCCUUAUACAUGAAGUGUUUGAAAUGUUAUACGAUGAGGAAACACAUGUCAUAUUGGCAUCAUACAAUGUUAGUGACCCACUCUCCAAUAUCAAAGAGAUGCACAUUGGACUUGGCAAAAGCACCAGGGACACCUACAUCCUGGACUGGUUUGUGCACGAUGAUGCUGAUUCAGUAGAGUUCACUCACCACAUCCCAGAUGGUGAACCAACAUGGUUACGUAUCCGUGCAGUCAACAAUGUUGAUCUGCGGACAGCUGGUCAUGGGCCCUACCCCAUCCUGGUCGAUACCACACCCCCUCUCGCUGGAGACGUGUAUGAUGGAAGAAGUCACGGUCGACAAGUGAACUUCCAGUCCAGUCAGAGUGAAAUAUGCGCAAACUGGGAAAAUUUUUGGGAUCCAGACACAGGGAUAGCUGACUACUUGUGGGGUGUAGGAACAUCUCCUGGAGACGAUGAUGUUGUGGAGUUCAAACGUCUUCGGCACUUCGUCUUUUUGCAUUGUGACAACUCCGUAAACCUAACUCACAAUGCAACAUACUAUUCAACACUGUAUGCGUUUAACAGAGGGCAUAAACGACUCAAUGUAUCAGCCAACAGUGAAGGAGUACGGGUAGACCUUACUCCCCCAGAGGCUGGUUGGUUGAAAGAUGGAGACACCAUCGGCCAAGACCUUAAAUACUCCUCCAGUCCUGCCACAGUGUCAGGGAACUGGGGAGGGUUUACAGAUCCAGAGUCUGGCAUCCAGCAGUACACCAUCGCAGUUCUCAGAAAACCAAAACACCAAGUUGAAGAUGAGGUCAUUCACGCGAGUGAGUCGGUCGGAAUGACGACGAGUUUCCGCUGGCAUCAUUUCCACCUUCACCAGGGAGACCAGGUGUUUGUCAACCUCAAUGUCACCAACAGGGCCCUGGGAGUAACAACCCUACAGUCAGACGGGUUUGUACUCGACCUAACUCCACCAGUCCUGAAGUACCUUCGUGAUGGCUUGGACCCUGACAAAGAUGCACAGUAUUCAUCGAGUACAACAGAGUUGACAGCAAACUGGAAGUUUGUGGAUGAAGAAACAGGUGUGGACUACAUUGAGCUACAGGUGUACCAAAAACAUGGUGGUACCAGGAGCCCACUUGGAGAAAGUGUUACUCUUGAUGGAGCAGCACAGAACUGGACAUCAACUGAAGCUCUGAGUCUGAAUAUCGGUGCCCUCUACACCGUCAAAGUACACGCCAUCAACGCAGCUGGACUGACAGCAGUUCAUGAGACUGACGGUGUUCUGAUCGACCCUACACCUCCUGAGAUAUUGUUUAUCCAUGCUGGAGUCCUCUCCGGAAUGGAUGAUGAGGAGCUGACCAACGGUUUUGUCGUCAUCGCAAAUACGGGAACCCUCACUGCCAGUUGGUUGGGUCUUGACGGGGAAAGUGGAAUUGAUUCCUACUGGAUAGGAUUGGGAACUACACAUGGGGGAGACGAUGUAUUGGGAUUCUACAGUGUUGGUGAAGUAACAGACAUCAUUCUAACAGAGCUUCCUCUCCAACUUUUCGAAAACGGGUCACCGAUCUACUACAUCUCUGUUAAGGCACAGAACGGUGCUGGGGCCUUCUCUACUACAGUGACAGCAAGUCCUAUUAAGGUUGUUGCCGCUGAUGUGAGUGGACUAGUGUUUGACGGCGCUGGAUCCAGUGAUCUAACUCAAAUGGCAUCAACAGCAAUAGAUGUAGAUUACCAGUUGGAAGCCACCACAGUUAGUCUGCAGUUUGAAGGGUACGAGAGCGCUCAACACGGCAUCAUUGGCUACGAGUGGGGAGUGGGGACCAUUCCUGGUGCAGACGACAUCCAGCCUUUUACAGACAUGGGAAUUGUGGCAUUUGAUGAGCCUGCUGGAAGUGGAAUUGCUCAGAUUCUGCUACCGCUGUCUUCAUCCAACCGCUAUUUCUCCAGCGUCAGGGCAAUAACUGGAGCAUUGAACAUCCUAGAGUCAACAUCAGAUGGCUUUGGUGUCGACCAAUCGGCUCCUAGCGUUUCGAUCGUCUCAGUUGGCGAGGAUGAGGACGAUUCUGGAAACAAGCCACUGGGACGUGAUACAGUUUACCAGGCGAUAAACACUGGCAGCUUGGCUGCAGAAUGGAACAUCGGAGACAACGAGAGCGCCAUCGCGGCGGCGUGGUUCGCUAUCGGGUUCACUCCAAUCAGUAGUGACCUGUACAACAUCACCAACACGAACAAGAGAACCAGCCUCGCAGCUGGCCUGCUGAUACCCUCGGCUGAUGGCACUCCAAAUAUGGUCACUGUAACUGCAAUGAACAAUCAUGAAUUCGAUGAGAGUGGUGUACUGACAUCUGCCUAUGCCAGCCUUUUUGACGUACACCCAUUUACCAACGUGGAGAGGGACACGUUAGUUGACCUUGCCAACAUGACCUUGGAGCACAAGGGUACAUACUACGUGACCGUCAUGGCUUCAGAUGAAAGUCUCCAGUGUGAUGUCGUCACUGCUCCCUUCACUGUGGACAUUACCCCACCCAAAAAAGGGCGCAUUCAAAUUGGACCGUUUGCAAAUCUGGUAAUCCAAUGUGGGAACACUGCUCACAACGCCCCACAGCUGACUGAACCUGUCACUCUUAGUGCCAAUUACAGCAGCUAUACGUUUGUGGAUUUGUUCCUCGAGGGAACUAUGGUCUACUUUGUCCAACUUAAUGCCGUCAACCGAGCGACAGGCUCCACCACAGUGACGUCCUCCCCAGUGUUGAUUGACCCCCGUGACCCCAUACCUGGGGAUAUCGUUGAUGGAGACUCGUUCAAACGUGAUGUCUCUCACCAGAGUUCCACUUCUUCCCUUCAUGGAACCUUUACACUGUACCAUGGACAAGAGGCGUAUCAAUGCUCGUACAACCAUCAUGACCUGGACGCACCAACUGAAGCAUGGAGUCCAGUAACAUCACAGGGUGUCUGGGGAACUUCAAUAGAGGCAUCUCGCAUCAGGUUUGCCCCUGAACAGCUGUCCUACAGUGUUAGCAAUGGCCUGACAGUGACUAUGGUUCGAGAUGUGCGAGCAGAAAGGAUGAUUUCUGGUGGCUACAUGACGGUUCUGAAUCAUGAAGGACCAGGCAUCUUUCAAAUUGACAUAGUGGCUGCAGGUUCAGAGUUAGACUCUGUUACAUCUCUGGUGUUCUGGGACGGACCAGCCGGAGUAGUUGGUGGUUUUGAAAUGCCAAGUGACCCUGAGGAAAGUUCCAAUUUCUCAACAAGCGCCCCAACUACCACUCCAGCAACCACGCAAAAUCCUUGGCAGAUCGUCAAUGACAAUUCUGAGGAGACAUCAGAUGAGAAUGCUGUACUACGUACCUUGCCAUAUACAGGGAUAGGAAUGGAUAUUUUCCAUGAAGUGACUGCAGAAGGAACUACAAAGUACUAUAUACUUCUGUGGUCAAGGUUCCAGGACGAGCGGUCAGCCUUGCAGUAUGAGAAAAUAGAGCUGGGGUUCGAUGCAUCGGAGGCAUGGCACACAUACGGUCUGAAAUACACGGUGGACAGAACUGAUGCAACACAGGAAUUAUGGGGUUUUGAACUACACAUUGAUGGGGAGUACUUUACAACAAUAACUGGGAUCCCUCCGGUCAGUUUGUCCACGAAGUUAAUUCUGGCUGUCAGAAGCAAGCAAGGGGCUGUUGCAGAAUUUCAUGAUGUCUUCACCCCACCAACUGUGAUGGCCCAUUUCAAAAACCUAAGGACCCCUCCAUCAGCCGAAAUGUUAUGUCGAUACGGCACUCCAUUCCAAGAUGGCAGCACCACCAUUUUGAAGAUAUACGCGGGCGUUGGUACAACGAAAGGAGCAGAUGAUGUUGAGCCAUUCUUUGAGGUUGAAGAUCUCUGCACACCUUGCAUGGAUGAAUGCAGUAGGUACAGUUGUGACAUGAACUGCACAGUUGAUGACAUAACGCUGCAUCACGUCUUCAUCAACAACCUUCAUCUGUCAACUCACAAGAUGAUUACACAGGAUAAUGUCACCACGUCCACCCCUGCCCUCUACUACAUCACAAUAAAGGCUGUGUCAGGAUCUGGUCGUUUUGCAUUGUCCUCAUCAGAUGGAGUAUACAUUGAUGCAACUCCGCCAGUUUUUGAAUCUUUGUACCACGUGGACCUUUCGUGGUCUGAAGAUGAACCAUCAGAUUUCCAAGGCAGUAACAGCACCAUUGCUGUUAGGUGGGAAGCGUAUGACAUCGAAAGCCAGGUCGUUGGAUAUUUCUGGGCCAUUGGUACUGCUCCAUUUUGGACUGACAUCCAAGACCAUGUGUCCGUUGGACUAGCUACCAGUGCCAGUAACAGUCAACUGGAAGGUAGUUUGCAACCCCUUCAGACCUACUAUGCAACUGUCAUUGCUGUGAACGGUGCUGGAUUAAAUACUACAAAGAGCACAACAGGUGUGACCUUCCUGGAGGAAUCUCCCUCAUCAGAAAACAUGACUAUUGGAGUAGGCUGUAGAGAAGAUCAAAAUGAUGGAAGCUCAAGCGAGGACGAUGUGUCUGUCUGUCCUGGAAUCAAGUCCUCUGUUGAAAUAUCGUGGCCUGACUUUGAUGAGCGAGAAGGAAUUACUGGCUACUAUUUUAGCAUUGGUAGCACAGAAGAGUUGGAAGACAUCAUACCAGAGACACAGGUUGGCUACAAUGAGUCCGGCACAGUGUUGAUCGAGGAUGGACAGGUGCUGAUUAACGGCCAGGUCAUAGCAAACAUCUCGGACCUUCGACACAUGCAAAAUGAUGACCAAAGUACUCCAGAGGUCAACAAAUUCAAUAUGGAACCUGGCAGGAAGAUGUACGUGAAAGUGAAGGCGUGUAAUUCAGCCCACAAAUGCAGCAUUAUUGAUCUGAAGGUUAUAGUUGUCUCACGAGAAGGUGAUGUAGUUGCAAAGGCUACCAACAGUAGCAAAGUGUCUGUUACACUGAACUCUUCAGGAGCUACUAGGUCUGCGAGAACCUACGUCAUCAAUGGAGUUAACAUCGUGACUACUGGCAUUACCCCCGGUGAUGGUUUAGUUGCAGGGAUGUUGGACAAACAUGAUGUUGAGGAGGAGUACGUCUCCGGUGCUUCCUCAACCUUCACUCCAUUCAUCGUGGAUCCAGAGAGAACAAGGAACAAUUCAGAAAGAAGCUUGAAUGGAAGGUUGAGGAAAUUUGAGGAGACUUUCUUCAUCAGUCUUCUCCAUGAUAAUCCGCUGACAGGACCCUUGGAGAUCACCAUCCCCAUAAAUGCAGACCUAAUUCCAGAGGGAACAGUACCUGUACUACUUUACUGGAGCACUGAGCUUCAGCAGUGGAUGGAUGCCUCCCGUACCUGCCCAAACCUAGACAACGUGCAAUAUGACUGGGAACAGAACUUGCUACAUGUGAAUGUCUGCUCGACACACCCCGCCACCAAAACAUCAGAGGAAAACGUACGUCGCCGUCGUUCCAGUGAAGGAGAGUUCUACUCCGGCUCCACACAGUUUGCCGAGGCUUCAGUUGACAGUGACAUAAUCAACACCGCCCCUGUCGUCACAUCUCCAUCAGCGAUGUGGAUGUACGAAGAUUCAGGAACUCUCAGAGCUCAACUUCAGGCUCAGGACGCAGAGGGUGAUGAGUUGAUUUUCUCUUUGGACGCUGAACCUGAAGAAGAUAUCAUGGGAGAAGCUGUGCUGAGUCCUGAAGGACUACUUGAAUACACACCAUGCAGGCACUGUUUUGGACUUGUUAGGAUUGGUUACGUUGUUCAAGAGAAACCUACAGGAGAGACGACUCCUCUGGAGGUUCGAGAGACUCUAACAAUAGAUGUGAGGCCGGAAAACGAUAACCCAGGUUUACUCUUCCUCAUAGAUGGCGUCAAUGUUGUGUCUGAUCAAGGCACAAACACAUACAGACCUGUGGAGCUUCCAGUGAAGCAGGGUGAGGAAAACAGCAUGGUUGUGUGGAUGUACGAUGUAGAUAUCGCAGAUGAUCUGGCAUUCAGCAUAUCUCAACCGCAGCAUGGCGGCGUACAGAUUGGUCCUGUGUGCAAAAACGUUACAUUCCUGUCAACACCUUGCAGCAUGAGCAGUACCAACAACCUCGACAUAACCAGUGAUGGGAACUGCACCGUUUGUAAACCAAGCAAUCUGAACACAACCAAAGAAAUACAUGACCUGUCUUGGGCGCUAGCCAGGCUGACAUAUAUCUCUAGAAAUGAGUCUUACUUUGGGGAGGAUUCAUUUGCCAUCCACGGUAUAGACGAAAACGGUGGAGCGUCAAAGAUUUUACCCAUUGACGUGUUUGUGCUCCAAAAGUGCAAAAAUAAUGGAACGUGUAUCGGACCUGCUGAGGACCCAGACUGUGAGGACACUCAACUGGCCUUUGGGUUUGAAGGCUAUACCUGUGACUGUACAGAAGACUACAUUGGAGAGUUUUGCCAGCUAGAAAUUGUACCGUGCUUACCACCGAUGGCGCCAGCUAACGGUUCAGUCAGUCCGGACGAUGCCACCUCCUACCAGGACGUUGUGGAGUUCUCGUGUGAUCCUGGGUACGAGCUGGUCGGUGACUCCGCCCAUGUGUGUCAGUGGGACGGCAGGUGGAACAGCAGCACACCGAACUGUAAUCCUGUCCCAUGUCCAACCUUGUCAGCUCCAGCCAAUGGUGCCCUCAGUCCUAGCGGCCCUCAUGUCUACCAGGACGUGGUCACCUUCACCUGUUCUACAGGAUAUGUCGUAACAGGUGUUUCUACUGUCACCUGCCAAGCUGACGGCACCUGGAGCAGGACUGUUCCUACUUGCAACAGUGAGAUAAUCUUCACCAUAGUAUUCGCUUGA